UGGCUGACGCCGUCGCGUUCGGGUGACGUGUGUACAAGCGUCCGGCUGUGGCGGCGGCGGCGGUGGCGGAGGAGGCGGCGGCGGCGGGUGGGAAAUGGCGGAGUAUUUGGCCUCCAUUUUCGGCACAGAAAAAGACAAAGUCAACUGUUCAUUUUAUUUCAAAAUUGGAGCUUGUCGUCAUGGAGACAGAUGUUCUCGGUUGCACAAUAAACCAACCUUUAGCCAGACCAUCUUGAUUCAAAACAUCUAUCGUAACCCCCAAAACAGUGCACAGACGGCUGACGGCUCACACUGUGCAGUGAGUGAUGUUGAAAUGCAAGAACACUAUGAUGAGUUUUUUGAGGAGGUUUUCACGGAAAUGGAAGAAAAGUAUGGUGAAGUUGAGGAGAUGAAUGUUUGUGAUAACCUGGGGGAUCAUCUUGUAGGAAAUGUCUAUGUAAAGUUUCGUCGUGAAGAAGAUGCAGAAAAGGCUGUCAUUGACUUAAACAAUCGCUGGUUUAAUGGACAGCCAAUUCAUGCAGAGCUUUCACCUGUGACUGACUUCAGAGAAGCUUGCUGUCGCCAAUAUGAAAUGGGAGAGUGUACUAGAGGAGGCUUCUGUAACUUUAUGCAUCUGAAACCCAUCUCUAGAGAACUACGGCGGGAGUUAUAUGGGCGUCGUCGUAAGAAGCAUAGGUCCCGAUCAAGAUCUCGUGAGCGUCGUUCUAGAUCAAGAGAUCGUGGGCGUGGCGGCGGAGGUGGUGGUGGUGGCGGCGGCGGCGGUGGCGGCGGAGGUGGUGGUGGUGGAAGGGAACGUGAUAGGAGGCGGUCAAGAGAUCGUGAAAGAUCUGGUCGAUUCUGAGCCAUGCCAUUUUUACUGUAUGUCUGCUAGAAAGUCUUGUAGUUGAUUGACCAAACAAAGUUCAUAAUGAGAAUUUUUUUCUAAAAAACAACAAAACAAAAAAAAAGAUGGGCUUCUGAAUAAAAUUUGUAGUGAUACAGUAUUCUUGGCGUAACUGUUUCUUGUGGGAAGUCUUAUUAAUUUUCAUUUCUUUACCUCGUCAAAUGCAUGAUUUGGCAGUGCUUGAGGUGAAGGUAAUACAGAUUCCCCGCUCUUUCAAUGUUUGGGGAUUGAUUAAAAAAAAACCUGAUUUGUGAACUUUAUAUGAAUAGAAAACUUAUUUGAAGAAACCAUAAACUGAACAAGUAACUAAACAAGCUUGAUGCAUAAAAAUUAACUUUUAUAAUAUUUCCUUUAUUGCUAUGCGAGUGUCAGGUUAAUUUAAACAGACCUGGAGACAUCCUUUUAUUUACUCUGUAGAAAUACUUAGCUAGAAACUUGAUUUGUGACCAGAAAUCUCUGCACUGUAAACUAGCAUAUUUACAGUAAAGCCAAUUUUUUUAGUAUAAAAUAUUGUCUUAAUGUAUCUUUAAUGGAAAUUGAUAGUGGUGUCUGUAUAUAAUUAUAGGUUUUUUUAAUGGUAUUUCAUGCAUAAUGCCCCAAAAUUAGAAUAGCUUCUAGAAGGUCAGUAUUAAGAUUAUUCCAAUGUUGAUAGUGUUUAAUAACAAUCCAUUAGACUAUUCUGCCGUGAUUGGCAUUCCACAAGACAAGUUAAAUUUUUAAAUUCAAGACUAAUAUACCUUUAAAGACUUCUGAAUCAAAAAUUGCCUACCUAAAAGUCCGAUUUAUUCAUAUUUAAUUUUUCUACUUUGUAAAAUGAUAUAAUGGUUGGUGGUUAUGCAUUUAAAAUUCUAUAAUUGUUCAUUGACUUCCAUCAGUUAAUAUACUAUUUAAAUGCUGGCAACUGAAAGUAUUUUUGUUUUCUCCCCUCUUCAGUGCAUAGCAGAACUAAGAUAAAGUUAAGAAUUAAAAACUUCAUUGAGGCUGGAAGUGGCAAUUGUCAAAGGCAAGCCCAGUACAUGUUUCUAAUUGAUUGACUAGAGAAGCAUUAGAGUUCCAGCAGAGGUGUUAUCCAAGCCUACUUUAUCAUAAUUGUUCUAUGUAAUGUAGGUGAACUCUUUAUUGUACAUAUAUUUAAAAAUCAGCCUUUUCACUGUAUAUGCAGUUCCCCCUGUUCAAUUUAGUUUUUAAAAAAUGCACAUUGCUGUGUUGGAGAGAGCACUCCUUUUCAAAAGCUAGUAAUUCAAUAAAUCUUUUAAAAGACCAUAUUCUCAGCCUAUAUUUUUGAUGUAAGUAACACUUAUGAAAUAUUGAUAAAAGUGAUCCAUUAAUUUCCAUUGAUUCUGACCCAAAUAUUGAUCUGUACAAAUAAGAUUUUGGAUCUUUUUGCUACAGAAAUCGCCAUGCCGGUGAUGGGGGAAAAGGGGAUUUAUGAAAAUUAAUUUUUAGUUACUAAACCAGGUAGCUUAGUUUGAUCAUUAUCUUCCCUCCCAAAUAAACAUGAAAUUACAAUAGCCAUUUAGAGAGGCAUUCUGAAGAAAGGUAGGGAAGUUGUACUUUGUAUUUCUUAACUUUUCCUGUGAACCUAGCUUAUAAUUAGUCUUAAAGCUUCUUUAAGCAAUUUCAAUUAGAAUUAAUAAUGAAGAUUCAGUUUACACUUAGUAAAAUUGAGGAAACCUACUCACUUCAUACCUCCCCCUCUGUGCCCCCAAUACAGGACUGGAAUAAGGAAGAAGAGGAAAGUUUUGUUCCAAAGAUGACAUCACACUGUGUUACUACUUCUGUUUGAGUAUACUAUGAUCUCAACUGGUGAAUAACAUUAAGUAAACUCAUGGAAUCAACUAUUGGAAGUAAAGUGAUAACUUUACUUGGGUCCAUGAAAUUUUUCUUUUUGAUUGGAAUUUAUCCCAAGUGGCUUCCCUUUUUUGCUUUAGGUUAAAAAGCCAAUUAUUUCUGUAAGAUGUUGCUUGUCCAUGAAUAUUAUACGAUGUAUGUUUAAAAGACUGUAAAACCAAAUGGAGAAAAGUUGUUGAAAAUAAAGGUUUUUUAAAUAAGGAA